ACAGGUGCGCCGGAGGCAUCGACGGGCGUUCGAGUCUCGAAAAAAAAAUGUGACGUUGGCUGAACUGCUGCGCGUGGACGGUGACUCGUGCGCGCCCCCGCCGCCGACUGGCAUCGUGCCAUCCUGGCACGUCGUCAAGGAGCAACAAACUGGCGAAGCAGACGGAGCGACACUAGAGAAACGACGCCUGGUGAACGUCGGACGCUUGGAGAAAAAAACCGUCCUCGCGGUUUUCCCCCCUUGCUCGGAAGACGUUUUUUUGUUUUUGUUUGUUUGUUUUUGUUUUUUUUUUUUUUGCUGUAUCCUGGGGAUGGUCGAGAUGUGAGGCGCCACAUCUGCAGCCUACAGCAAGCCCCCCAAUUCCGCCUGUUUACCUGCUCUUGACGAGGAGCUGCCCCAGAUCCUCCUCACCAUCUGCCGCCUCGCACCCCCGGAGGCCGCUGCCGGUUCCAUCGAGAAGCAGGUGGCGAGCGAUCCCUAUUCGGUCGGCAACAAGGAAUGAGCUGAGGACCAUGACUCCAGCAAGGCCGCCGGCUUGAAACUGAAUCGCCGAAGUCGCCGAGCUGAGCCCAUGACUGGGUUCUGGGUUGGGAUUUGACCGACAGACACGCGGUUCUCUGUCUCGUCUGGAAGGGACGAUGGCUCGCCCGGGUCCGGGCCUGCUGCCGCCGGCGAACGGACUGGGCUACCCGCCCCAAAAUCUGGCCAGGGUGGUGGUCUGGGAGUGGAUGAACGAGCACGGGCGCUGGAGGCCCUACAGUGCGGCGGUGUGCCACCAUAUUGAGAACAUCCUCAAGGGGGACGCCAGGGGAACCGUCGUUCUGGGGCAGGUCGACGGCCAGCUGUCUCCUUACGUCAUCGAUCUGCAGUCCAUGCAUCAGUUUCGACAGGACACGGGGACCAUGAGGCCAGUGCAGAGGAACUUCUACGAACCGUCCUCCGCUCCGGGGAAAGGCGUGGUGUGGGAGUGGGAGAACGACAACGGCUCUUGGACGCCGUAUGACAUGGAAAUCUGCGUGACCAUCCAGAAUGCGUACGAGAAGCAGCACCCGUGGCUGGAUCUGACCUCUCUGGGCUUCUCUUACCUCAUCGACUUCAACGGCAUGUCUCAAACCAACAAGCAGACCCAGCGCAAGCGGCGGCUUCGGCGGCGGAUGGAUCUUGCUUACCCGCUCAUCAUGGGUUCCAUCCCCAAGUCGCAGUCUUGGCCCGUGGGGGCCAGCUCCGGCCAACCUUGCUCCUGCCAGCAAUGCAUCUUGGUCAACAGCACGAGAGCCGCGUCCAACGCCAUCCUGGCAUCCCAGCGACGGAAGCUCCACGGAGGGGCGUCCGGCGGUACGGGUGCCGCGGGAGCCCCGACGGCCGUGCGGCAGAGCAACACCUUUGCCGGAACUUCUCUUUGGUCUCCGACCUCGUCGGCCACUAAUAACAUCAGCGCGGGAGGCGGGCAGGCCAAAGACGAACAGGUUCGGGCGCCGUUGUCCCCAGCCAACUUUGCCGCAAUGCCGUCCCAUGGCCACAAUGCCCUUUCUAUCAACGGACAGAACAACCUGAACCGACCGGGCACUCAGCGCAUCUCUAUGGCCACACCAAGAGGAACCAUUCCACCAGGGGUUCCUGCUCUUCCAGUCAAAAACCUGACCGGCUCUGGACCUGUGCAUCCAGCGCUAGCAGGUAUGACCGGUAUCCUGAUGUGCGCUGUAGGUCUGCCAGUGUGCCUGACCCGUGCGCCGAAGCCCAUUCUGCACCCGCCGCACAUCAGUAAAAGCGAUAUGAAGCCUGUGCCGGGAGUCAACGGGAUGCGACGCAAGACCAAGAAAAAGCACCUGAGGAAAGGGAAAACCCCAGAGGAUGUUGUCCGACGAUACACCGACAAAAUUAAAGUGGUACCGGAUGAGGACUGUACCAUCUGCAUGGAGAGGCUGGCCAUGGCGUCAGGCUACGAAGGCGUCCUGCAGCACAAAGGCAUCAAGCCAGAGUUGGUGGGCAAACUUGGCAAGUGCGGCCAUAUGUACCAUCUGCUGUGCCUGGUGGCCAUGUACAACAAUGGCAAUAAGGACGGCAGUCUCCAGUGCCCAACUUGCAAGACCAUCUACGGGGAGAAAACGGGCACUCAGCCUCCUGGGAAGAUGGAAUAUCACAUCAUCCCCCACUGCCUGCCCGGCUACCCCGACGCCAAGACCAUUCGCAUCGUCUACGACAUUCCUGCAGGUGUCCAGACCAAUGAGCACCCCAACCCUGGGAAGAAGUUCAGCGCCAGAGGAUUCCCCCGGCAAUGUUACCUGCCAGACAACGAGAAGGGCAGGAAGGUUCUCAAGCUGCUGAUCACAGCCUGGGACCGGCGCCUCAUCUUCACAAUCGGCACUUCCAGUACCACGGGCGAGUCCGACACGGUCGUGUGGAACGAGAUCCACCACAAGACCGAAUUUGGCUCCAACUUGACUGGCCACGGCUACCCUGACCCCAACUACUUGGACAACGUCCUGACGGAGCUGUCGGCCCAGGGAGUCGGCGAGGACAACCUGAAGGACUGAGAGGCUCCUCAGGCAGGAACACAAGCAAUCAUGCGCUGCAAUCUUUAAGGAUACGGUAACGCCGGAUGAACCCUCUUCACGCAGCACGUUACUCUUUACUCCCUCUGUAUGGCAAGACAAGAGCGACAACAACAUGAUUGUUGUGAUCCUUUUUUUUUUUUUUUUUUUUUUGGUCUUGAUUAUCUUUCGCAUCAUGCCUGGAGCAUGUAUGCGUCCUCAGAGACCGGAGUGUGCGUGUGUUGCUGCCGACAAAUGUGUCACUGAGCUCUUUUUUCGAAUCAAACCGAAGCUUCUGCACUUGUAGCGGGACAAAAAGUUCGUGACGAGGCCAGAUUGCUCGGCCCCGCCGUCACUGCAUUAUGAAUGUUGAGCGAAUUGCUGCAAUAAGUCGAGGUGCCAAUGAAGCUUUUCUCACUUAAGACAAAUCGUAAAAACAAAAUAUAUCUUUUUUUUUUAUCAAGGAUUUGCUUCUCCCUUGUUUAGCCAAUGCACCGUGAGAUUUUCGUGCUUUUCGGAGAAGUUGUUGUGCCCCAUCACUUAGGGAGGCAAGGGCUAAAGAAAGUGGUUUUGUAUUACAUUGGAAAUCGACUCCAGUGAGCCAAGAGCAAUGAAAUCUUUGCUAGUUGGCUUCUGUUACGUUGUUAACCUUGUGGUGAUGUCAAAUAACCAAGCAGGUUUUGCCCAGAAAUGUUGGAACGUACCAUUGCCACAAUUCCAAGGUUAAACCUGUUUUUUUUUUUUUUUUUUUUUUUUUUGCCACUGAUAAUGCUGACCUGUUUGAGCUUACACUCCAUGCUAGCCUUGUCUCAAGUGGGGUGAAAAUCCGUCUUUGGGUCUUUCUAUCCAUAGGGACGGACGCUGCGGCUGCACCCGCCGAGGCCCUCGGCGGUUUUCCCGAGGAGAUCCGUCUCGUGAAUCUCGACACUCGCGUGGGGUCAUUUGCCGGGACACGCCGCUCAGGGCGCCGCUUUGCUUUUCGCGGGGAGCAGCGAGAUUUCUUUAUCUCCUCGGUUCACAUCCUCUUCGUUAGCAGCAGCACCAUCCUUCCAGGAAACAUGCAAAUGAGGCUUUAUCACAGCGGCAGAUGCAUCGGAAGGAACUACAGUACACUAUUUAGGUUUCUCCCCUGUCGGUUUUUUCUCCCCCCCACCGACGUAGAUGUUAUGCCCAAGAGCGUUUUUUUUUUUAUCUUUUUGAAGUUUCUUGCUCGGGAUCUUCAUGUUGUUGUUGUUUUUUUUUUUAUCUUAAAGAUGAAAGCUGGGUCAGUGCUGACUUUCCAUAAAAGCGUCUGAUCAACUUUAAUGAGCAGCAAUGUUGAUGUAAACUUUUUUUUUUUUUUUUUUUGUGGGGCGAAUCUCAGUCUUCCACGGCAAUUUGGGACAGCGGCUCUUCUUGGUAGUUUGGUUUAAAAAAAAAAAAAAAAAAGCGCUUCAUAGCAUUUUAAACAUUGUUUUGUAUUGAUACAUCAUCUUAAAGUACGCGUGAUACAGCCUACAUUGAACGUGUUCAUUUAAUUUACGUUUAUACCAGAACACACUUUCCCGUCAACAUAGUUAUAAAAUGCCGAUGUCAACAUAAUACAUCAAAUCUGACAAUUUUGUCAGUUUGUCAGGGAUCGUUUGAUUAUGUAUGACAUGUUAAUGGACGUCUAAUAUAACAAGCAAUGUUAGUGUAUGCUACUGUCGGUAUUUUCAUGUAGAAUGUGCGUAGUUGACUUGAAUAAAAAAAAAUAGUCAAUGUAUCUUUAUCAUUAGCGGCGUAGCCUAAACAGCAUGAGCGUUGUCGUUGUUCCCGAAAGGGUCGUUUGGAAACAGGAAGGCAACUUCUUAAAUCGCCUUCAGUCAAAUGCAGAUAUUUGUAAUGGUCGAUUAUCAAAAAGGAGCCACAGAUGAGUGGAAAUAGAUUUUUGCUUUUGUUUUUUAAAUGAACUGUUCCCAACCCCUGACUUGCUUUGUAUUGUGUGAAAUAUGCAAAUGGACAAUAUGUAACUUUGCUGCGAUGGAGCGGCAGGCCUGCAGCCGCUUGUGCUCCCUCCAAAUCCGACGCGGCCCGCCGCCAGCUCGCCAGCCGGGCAAAAUGUCCGCAUGUCUCCCAACAGGUGGCAGGAGGUCAUCUUGGAAGGCAACAAGCCUCAAGUGCAAUCUGAUGGUUAGGCCGAGGCAAAACCUUUAUUUUCUUGGGGGGGCUGCGCUGCCUUUUUGUGCAGUUCAAACUUAUUUCCAGCGUUGUUAAAUUAUUGGAUCAUGAUGAGCAUGUGCGCCAAGUUUGAGGAGAUUUCAUGUUUUUUGCGCUGUAAAGGUAGCAGAUGUCAACUAACCAUCAAAUGAUCAGGGAUUAUCUCAUGUCUAAGGGAGAACAUUUUAUUUUGAAAUCCGGUUCUCCAUUGCUACUCCCAAACAUAUUUUGGGUUGAACAUAUGUUUAGAAAUGAAUUUGGACAGGAAGUCAAUCUUGGUAGUGAUUUUUUUUUUCGCUCUCUGCUGACGGCCUCAUUCACACUCGAUGAAAGAAUUCUUUUCUUUAUAUGCAAAAAUAUCUGUCGAAAGAGAGCUUUUAUCCUUCAAAGAAUUGGAAUGGAAGCGGUUGCUCCAUGAACCGUUUUUUAAUUUGUUUCCCUCAAAUAUUAUAAUACGAUCAAUUUUUCGCCAUUUACACCGCGGAUCAAUUUAGCUUUGAUUUAAGUGCACGUUUUUUUGCGAUCUAACGCGGGACUGCGAGGCAGACGUGCUAGCUACGUGUCACCGUGUUGCAUAAAAUGCUUUGUUACUUUUUCAACUGAAUUCUCAUCUGAUUAAGUCGGGGGCUGUCUGCGUAAAUGCGGCAAAAGAAACUGCUCGCCCUUUGGGAGGCCCGAGCAAAUCAAUCCAAUCUAUCAGGGAAACGUCCGCGCCGAGCGAAUUUGAAUGAACUGGACAAACCCAAAUAUUUGCGUCUUGAUCAUGGUUUGGGCCCUUGAGACUUUCAGGUGUGUACAAACUUCUACAACGGAAAAGGAACAUAAAAAUGCAGUUCUGGUUUGUCCCAGCAGCGUGGAGAGAUGGUGUUUAUGCAAUUUACUAUUUUCCAGAUGUAAAACCUGAUUUAUGUGUAGCAAGGAGAGUGACUUUCGGGGUUAGUCGGCGUUUUCUUUGUGAGGUGCCUCACUCCUCCUGUCUAUAACAUGUUGGAAAUCAUAUAUAUUUUGAGGUAUUUUCCCGAUCGUUGAUUGUCUUUCAGAUAACAAUGACACACGCAUACACACAACCUUUUUUUUUUCCUUUUGAAGAGGGAAGCGGAGACGACGCAUCGUUCUGUGCAACAUGUACUAUUUACACCUGUAAGCAAAAGUCAUAAAUGUUCAAUGCUUAUUGUACAUCGCUUAAAAAUAUACCCAAAACAUGUACUGUGGCUGAAAUGUCUCGGUAUCGCUUUGUCUCCCGAGUGUGUACUGAUUGUGCGUCUUGUAAGACAAAAUCAUCGGCCCGCGUACAUAACGAGAUGCAUGCGAAGCAAAGUGCGGGCUCCUCGAAUGGCAACGCGGCGGAAAUCACCGUAAAGCUCCUCUUCAGAAAGGUCACGCGGACGAGGUUGUCAUUUUCAGCGCCGCGCUCCGCGUCUCGCCUCGGAACAUUUUUCGGUUUACGCGCCGUUUGGCUGAUUUCGCCCGACGUGUGCAACGCGCUCGGUGUUUUCAUUGACAUUUCCGAGUCGUGACAUCACUUGAGCAGUUUUUUUUUUUCCCGUUCUCCCGGACGAAACUGCAAUGAGCUAAAAGAGACAGCUAUGCUUUAACUAUAAAGGGCUUUUUCGAUCAAUAACUGAAUCGUGGUGACCGUGUUGCAUGUUUGUGUCUUUCUUGUGGACAGAAAUGGAAAAAUAAAUGUGCCCUCCACGGGGAUGGUUUUGUCUCACCUUUA